CAUAAGAAAAGCCACACAGGAGAGAGACCCCAUAAGUGCUUGGACUGUGGGAAAUGUUUCACAUGGAGAUCAUCCCUUGCUACACAUCAGGCAAUGCACACAGGAGAGAGACCCCACAAGUGCUUGGAAUGUGGGAAAAGUUUCAUACAGAAGUCAAAGCUUGUUAAACAUCAGGCAAUCCACACAGGAAAGAGACCCUACAAGUGCUCAGAGUGUGGGAAAAGUUUCACAUGUAGAUUAACCUUUGUUUAUCAUCAGGCUAUCCACACAGGAGAGAGACCCCAUAAGUGCUUGGACUGUGGGAAAAGUUUCAAGCGGAGAACAGACCUUGUUAAUCAUCAGGCAAUCCACACAGGAGAGAGACCCCAUAAAUGCUUGGACUGUGGGAAAUGUUUCACAUGGAGAUCAUCCCUUGCUACACAUCAGGCAAUGCACACAGGAGAGAGACCCCACAAGUGCUUGGAAUGCGGGAAAAGUUUCAUACAGAAGUCAAAGCUUGUUAAACAUCAGGCAAUCCACACAGGAAAGAGACCCUACAAGUGCUCAGAGUGUGGGAAAAGUUUCACAUGUAGAUUAACCUUUGUUUAUCAUCAGGCUAUCCACACAGGAGAGAGACCCCAUAAGUGCUUGUACUGUGGGAAAAGUUUCCUACGGAGGUCAAACCUUGUUAAACAUCAGAGAAUCCACACAGGAGAGAGACCCCAUAAGUGCUUGGACUGUGGAAAAAGUUUCAUAUAUAGGUCAAACCUUGUUACACAUCUGGCAAUGCACAAAGGAGAGAGACCCCACAGGUGCUUACGUUGUGGGAAAAGUUUCAAGCGGAAGUCAGACCUUGUUAAACAUCAGGCAAUCCACACAGGAGAGAGACCCCAUAAGUGCUUGUACUGUGGGAAAUGUUUACAGCACCACUGA